AUGCCUCGAUGUCUCGCUGUCUCGCGAGCAAGCGCAAAGCAGGCUCAGAGCAGGACAACAAACUCUGCGACCCAACCCGGGCACUUCGCUAUCCCUUAUCUUCGGGAACUGGUAAUGUCUCAGAACCCUUUGAUGUUCCGGCAUCAGGCUGAGCAUAAACCUGCCAGCGACUCGGGCGAGAGAGGCUGCAGAGCAACAGCAGGCCGCUGCGCUGACCGUUUCCAACCCAAACGAAAACCAUCUGGCCGCCAGGAGAGGACUCGAGAAGCUAGGAGCUCGUGGCCAGGGGUUAGCCGGAAGCACGGCAAGAGAGCCCCUGGUCUUCCCCUGCCUACCCCUGGCCUUCCGGCCCCUGCGACCUUCCCUCUUUUCGCUCUUCCUCCUCCUUCUCCCUCAGCUAGUUCUGUCCACUACAAGUUCUGCACUUCUGCGCAGAAAGGAAGCAGACUUAUCCCCCCGAGCUCUGUUCCGGAAAGGUUCGCUUCCAAACGCUUCCCUCUCCUCCUCGCCUCGCAUGUCCCUAGCGCAGCCAGAGCCGGCCUGCUUGCUGGCAGAACUCAACCAUCAUCCCUCUUCCCCCUCGCCCCAAGUCUUCUCUCGAGAUGUCUCUCGGCUCAGUCUAGCUUGCGUACGUCACUGCCGACCCUCGCUCUCGUGUCCUCCUUCUGA